GGACCAAUUUCACAAGCGGAAUUAAUAGCAGUGCACCCCAACAUGGCCGCGCGCACAAACGUGAGAAUAUUGCUCCGAAAAUUGAAAUGGAUCUCCGUAAUCCCACGACGGAAUCGUGUGAAAACAAAAUGGGCAGCCUCACAGGCAAAGUUUCCUUCCACCAGCCUGGCUCUGCAGAACUUCGACGUAAACUACGGCACACAGCUCGGCGAUCUCUGGCCAUCUGUGCGAGUCAGCAUGCUCUCCGAGCAGAAAUACGGGGCAUUGAUCAACAACUUUUCUGACGCAACAGAGGUUAUGGAAGAAUUGCAAUCACAGGGAGCCCUAGACUUUGUUUGCAGCGACUUUGAACAAGGGGAUGAGAGGCAGGGCACUACAGAAGAGUACUUGCAUGGCGAUGAACUUUCAUCUGUCAACGCCACGUUUUCCGCGUCAGAAACGCAGGAAGAGACCGUGCCUCCACGCCUCAGCCCAAAUAUCAAGUGCCUUGUGUUUCCAAAGGGUGACAUUUCUCGAUUCAAGCCUGCCAGACCAGACAGCAACAGAACCUUAGGAUACUACCUAAUGGAUGCAGCCUCCUUGCUGCCUGUCCUGGCCUUGGACGCCCAGGAGGGACAUAGUGUGCUUGAUCUCUGUGCUGCUCCUGGGGGGAAGACCCUCGCUCUCCUACAGACUCAGGCCAUCGGGUAUCUUGCUGUCAAUGACUCUUCAGUGUCUCGUAUGGCCCGCUUGCACCGGGUCCUGCAGAACUACAUUCCCAGAGAGCACUGGUCAGAGGAUCAGGUUCGCAUCACUUCCUUCGAUGGCAGGAAGUGGGGCGAACUGGAGAGGGACACGUUUGACCGAGUGCUUGUGGAUGUGCCUUGCACCACUGACAGACAUUCUCUGCUGGAGGAGGACAAUAACAUCUUCAAAAAAUCCAGAACCAAGGAAAGACAGAUGCUACCCCUGCUACAGACCCAGCUUCUGGUGGCAGGGUUACAGGCAGUCCAGCCAGGAGGGGAGGUGCUGUACUCCACAUGCACGCUGUCCCAGCUGCAGAACGAGUGUGUGGUGGAGCGGGCGGUGCAGGUGGCGCAGGAGGAGCUUGGCAUCACUGCCCACGUGCAGGACCUGGGGCCGUUCGCCCAGCUCUUCGGGGACACCUUCCGCUUCGCCCCCAAGCCCCGCCUCGGGGAGCUGGUCCUCCCUCACCUCACCGCCAACUUUGGCCCCAUUUACCUCUGCAAGCUGCAUCGCAGCCACUAGGGUGACCAGGGAUUGGCCCGAAUGGGUCAUGUGAUUCGCAGGACGUCGGAAGGGUGGACGCUUCGUGGCAGGGGUGAGAUAUUCCGGCCGUGGAGCACUGCUGUGUAUGCAGCAGGUUUUGGUUUCCACCAGUUACUCUGGCUAAGUGGCUGUAUGCACCAGAUUAGAUCACAGUCAGACAUUUCAUGUAGGGACACAAGAACAGUCUUCAGCUGUCAUUCAUUUGUGUACCAAGAAAUGUAGCAAAUAUGUCAGGUGGCGGAAAUGCUGAGGCAUUUACACCUUCUGCUGGUUUUCGCGAAAACCAGAAACAGAUCUGGCCCUCAUUGCCCACCUCUGCUUUAUGGAACCUGGAGUGUCCCUCCUUCAAGAAGACACAGUGCAGACAGUUGCACCUUUGCAAUUUGGAUUAGAUGGUAAGUGUGGAAGUGGUAUCUUCCCUCCAAAGCAGCCUGUGUACAGUAUAUUACACUCUCCACUGGGUUAUUGUAUCUAUAUUUAUGUCCUAAAAUGAUACAUGGUAUUUAAUAAUCUCAAAUUCAACUGAGUUGUUAUUCUAUACAAUAAACAGUGUUUCAACACC